GCUGUGGUGGACAACGUUUAUAAGAACUGGGGUGUUCCGCACGGAACAGCGUGUCCUACAGGGACCUACAGGGCUCAUUGGAGGACCAGGAGCUGGAGCAGCUGUGCUGUGGUUUACUGUUGGAUUUGUCCUGCAGCAGUUGCCCUGGGGCAGAGUGAUAGAGGCGUGGCUGACAGUUCAUGCCAACGACCCCUCCCACCACCACCAAACAUUCACACACACCAGUGUGACUAGCAGCACUGGAGGCCAGGAGGGUGAAAUGUCUUGCUUGAUUCUUGUUCGAAUCCCGGAGUGGGAUUCGAACUGCCAACCCUUCGGUUAUUGGACCUACCUCCUGAACCAUGGCCGCUCAUCCCAUAACCCAUAAAGACCCAAACAGCCACUGGUGACCAAAAUCAUCUACUGAUCGAAAAUGUUUAGUACCUUCUGAGCCACUAAACCUAUUAAUAAAUUGCAUACAGCAGCAGACAUCAUGGAAGAUGAGUUGAUGUUCAGCAUGGAGGAGGAGGCCAGCGCCAAAAGACCUCCAGUCCAGAGGAUCAGCCAGCGCAGCAUAUCCCUCAAUGAUGCCAGUGAAGAUGACGAUGAUGAAACAUUCAUCCAUCCCAUCCUCAGCGAGCCUGCCAAAGACAUCUGUGGCUACCUGCAGACUCUGGUCUACAACCGGCAGCUGUCCAACUCUCUUCCAAAACAAGGCUUUGUCUACAAGCCUGAAACAGAAACAGUGGCUGAACCUCGGUCGCACAGAGUUUUGAAUGAAAGCGCAAGGGCAGCGUGGAAAAAGGCCAUCCAAAAAGCCAAAGCCAUGCCCGACCCCUGGGCAGAGUUUCAUCUGGAGGACAUUGAGACUGAACCCUGCGUACGCUACAGGUACAACGCUGUCACAGGAGAAUGGGGUCAAGACCAGGUGCACAUCAAGAUGGCUGCCCAGCCCUUUGGGAAAGGGGCCAUGAGGGAGUGCUUCAGAACGAAAAAACUGUCAAAUUUUUCACACAGUAGCAACUGGAAGUCGGCGUCCAACUAUGUGGCUAAGCGUUACAUGGAGACGGUGGAUAGAGACGUUUACUUUGAGGACGUGAGGCUUCAGAUGGAGGCCAAACUCUGGGGGGAGGAGUACAACCGCCACAGACCUCCGAAACAGGUGGACAUCAUGCAGAUGUGUGUGGUGGAGAUGAUCAACCGGCCGGGAAAACCUCUGUUCCACCUGGAACACUACAUCGAGGGCAAAUACAUCAAAUACAACUCCAACUCUGGUUUUGUGAGGGACGAUAACAUCAGACUGACUCCUCAGGCCUUCAGUCACUUCUCCUUCGAGCGCUCGGGCCAUCAGCUGAUCGUGGUGGACAUCCAGGGGGUCGGAGACCUCUACACUGACCCUCAGAUCCACACAGAAAAAGGCACCGACUUUGGAGAUGGAAAUUUAGGUGUGAGGGGCAUGGCUCUUUUCUUCCACUCUCAUCUGUGUAACAAGAUCUGCAAGAGUAUGGGCCUGACGCCCUUUGACCUUUCACCUCCAGAGAAGGGCCAGAUGGACUGCACCAACAAACUGCUUAAGUCUGCUCAGACGGUUCUCAGAGGCUGUGAGGAACCCUGUGGAUCUCCUCGCAUUCGUACCAUGUCAGGAAGCCGGGUUUUCUUAUCGCGCCUGUCGGAGACGUCGUCUGUGGACGAGAGCAUGAGCGAUGUGGACUCCAUCCCCUGCUCCCCCCUCACCUAUGGCGGAUCUAUGGGCAGGUCUCCUGUCGGCUUAUCUUUUAUGGGAAUGCAUGACCAUGAAAGAAUCUGCAACAAUAACUCUGCAGGUGAACAUAAGGAGUCUGAGAGCGGUGGAGACAGCGGUUAUCCGAGUGAGAGGAGGAGUGAAGGCGACCCAAAUGACCACGUAGACGGGAGGAAGAUGGUAAUUCCUCCCAGAGUCUCUGCGAACUUGUAUCCAAACAAUACACCUGAUAACGAAUCGCUGACAGAAGAGAAGUGGAGUUUCUUCCAUUCAUCUCGUGCUCAUGUCCAUCGACCGUCAUGUGUGGCCACCGAGGUGGAACGACUGAGCGCUCUAAUGCAGAAGAAGAUCGGCCAGUCGGUCCUGGGCAAGGUCCACCUAGCGAUGGUGCGCUACCAUGAAGCCGGUCGUUUCUGUGAGAAGGACGAGCAGUGGGACCAGGACUCAGCCAUGUUCCACCUGGAGAGAGCGGCCCUGUGUGGAGAGCUGGAAGCCAUCGUGGCCCUGGGACAGUGCUGUCUGCAGCUGCCACAUCACAUCCUGCCAGAUAUGGAGCUGGAGGACAAUUCAGGAAACAGGAUGAAAGGGUUCAAGUAUCUGCUGCAGGCGGCUGAGGCUGGGGACCGCUCGUCCAUGAUCAUCGUGGCCAGAGCCUUCGAUACUGGAGAUAAUCUGUCACCUGACAGGAAGCAGAACUGGGAAGAAGCCAUACACUGGUACGACACCGCGUUGAACAUGACAGACUACGACGAGGGAGGGGAGUUCGACGGGACGCAGGACGAGCCUCGGUACCUGCUGUUGGCCCGAGUGGCCCAGAUGUACCAGGAGGGGGGGUUCGGCCUGACUGCAGACCCACAGAGAGCAGGUGAUCUGUUUACGGAGGCGGCAGAAGCUGCCACGGCGGCCAUGAAGGGUCGGCUGGCGAACCAGUACUACAUGAAAGCAGAAGAAGCCUGGGCGCUGAUGGAGGAGUAGUGUUUGGAUGCACAUUUUAUUUGCACAAACGCUGUUGGAGCUUGGAGCGGCAUUGACAGAAAGGCUUCUUUUCUAUUCUAAGGUUACAGUUUACAUAUUUUUCAAAACUCUUGAUCCUUUGGUUGUGGUUCUUUGAGUAUGUGUUCUGCCUUCCAGGAUACUUCAUCUCCAGGUUUAUCUGUGUCUCUGUGCUUCUGAAGCCGUUGAUUUUCUGUCUCUGUUUACAUUAGAAAUGUUUCUGUAUGAAAGUGUGAAGAAACAAAACUAAUAACUGUUUGCACAUUUGCUUUGUUACCUGUGUAUAAUGCCCCUAUUGAACAAGUUUAUGUAAAAAAAAAAAAUUUAAAAUAUAAACAGCUUUUAUUGUAAAGUG